CCGGGCGGGGAGGAGCUGCGAGCGCCGCGCGCACCCCGCAGCGCCGGCCGGCGGGGCAGCUCGGAGGUGGGUGGGCCGCGCCGCCAGUCCGCCCGCGGGGUCCCCAUUGGCCGCCGGCAGGCCGUCCUCCUCCCGGAAGGCGGCGAGGAGCCUGGAGGCUGCUCCGGACGGAGCCCGAGAGCUGGGGAGACGCCGUUCCCGCCGCCGAGGGGCACGGCGACCCUCGCGGCCCGCGGGGUCUGGAGGCGGCGCCGGGGCGUCCGCGCCCCCCGCUCGCUCCCUCGCUGCGCUCCCGCCGCCGCCCAGCUGGUCUCAGGCGCGGUGCCUAUGGUCGGCCUCCGACAGCGCUCCGGAGAGAUCCGCGGAGUCCUGGGCGCCCGGGACUGGAGGCCGAUGCAUGAGGGGCCCACGGAGGCGCGGGAGCCGUGGUGAUGGUUUGGACAGCGGAGCUGAAGCGCGCCGGGCAUCGGUGAGGCGAGACGGGUUAUCAUGACCGUGUUCAGGCAGGAGAACGUGGAUGAUUUCUACGACACCGGCGAGGAACUUGGCAGCGGACAGUUUGCCGUGGUGAAGAAAUGCCGCGAGAAGAGCACCGGCCUGCAGUUUGCCGCCAAGUUCAUCAAGAAGCGGAGGACCAAGUCCAGCCGGCGCGGUGUGAGCCGCGAGGACAUCGAGAGGGAGGUCAGCAUCCUGACGGAGAUCCAGCACCCCAACGUCAUCACCCUGCACGAGGUGUACGAGAACAAGACGGACGUCAUUCUCAUCCUGGAGCUUGUUGCAGGUGGCGAGCUGUUUGACUUCCUAGCUGAAAAGGAAUCGUUGACAGAAGAGGAAGCCACGGAAUUUCUCAAACAGAUCCUCAAUGGUGUUUACUACCUGCACUCCCUCCAGAUCGCCCACUUUGAUCUUAAGCCUGAGAACAUAAUGCUUUUGGACAGAAAUGUCCCCAAGCCCCGGAUCAAGAUCAUUGACUUUGGGCUGGCCCAUAAAAUUGACUUUGGCAAUGAGUUCAAGAACAUAUUCGGGACCCCAGAGUUUGUCGCUCCUGAGAUAGUCAACUACGAGCCCCUGGGACUCGAGGCGGACAUGUGGAGUAUCGGGGUAAUAACCUAUAUUCUUCUCAGUGGGGCCUCCCCGUUUCUUGGAGACACGAAGCAGGAGACGUUAGCCAACGUGUCUGCUGUCAACUACGAAUUUGAGGAGGAGUAUUUCAGCAACACCAGUGCCCUUGCCAAAGAUUUCAUAAGAAGACUUCUGGUCAAGGAUCCAAAGAAGAGAAUGACCAUUCAAGAUAGCCUGCAGCAUCCUUGGAUCAAGCCUAAAGACACGCAGCAAGCACUCAGUAGAAAAGCAUCGGCCGUCAACAUGGAGAAGUUCAAGAAGUUUGCAGCUCGCAAGAAGUGGAAGCAAUCCGUUCGCCUGAUAUCACUGUGCCAAAGAUUAUCCAGGUCUUUCCUGUCCAGAAGUAACAUGAGCGUCGCCAGAAGCGAUGACACUCUGGAUGAGGAAGACUCCUUUGUGAUGAAGGCCAUCAUCCACGCCAUCAAUGACGACAACGUCCCAGGCCUGCAGCACCUGCUGGGCUCGUUGUCCAACUACGAUGUCAACCAGCCCAACAAGCACGGGACACCUCCGUUACUCAUUGCUGCCGGCUGUGGGAAUAUUCAGAUUCUGCAGUUGCUCGUGAAAAGAGGCUCGAGAAUCGAUGUGCAGGAUAAGGGUGGAUCCAACGCGGUCUACUGGGCCUCUCGGCAUGGCCACGUAGACACCUUGAAAUUUCUCCAUGAGAACAAGUGCCCACUGGAUGUGAAAGACAAGUCGGGAGAGACAGCGCUUCAUGUGGCAGCUCGCUACGGCCACGCCGAUGUGGUUCAGCUACUGUGCAGCUUUGGCUCCAACCCCGACUUCCAGGACAAGGAGGAGGAAACCCCACUGCACUGCGCUGCCUGGCACGGCUACCACGCCGUGGCCAGGGCCCUCUGUGAAGCUGGCUGUGACGUGAACAUCAAGAACCGGGAAGGCGAGACGCCCCUCCUGACAGCCUCGGCCAGGGGCUACCAUGACAUCGUGGAGUGUCUGGCUGAACACGGAGCCGACCUCAAUGCCUCCGACAAGGAUGGACACAUCGCACUUCACCUGGCCGUCAGGCGCUGUCAGAUGGAGGUCAUCAAGACCCUCAUCAGCCAGGGCUGCCUUGUGGACUUCCAAGACAGGCAUGGCAACACCCCUCUGCACGUGGCCUGCAAAGACGGCAACCUGCCUAUCGUGGUGGCCCUCUGCGAAGCAAACUGCCACUUGGACAUCUCAAACAAGUAUGGACGAACGCCCCUGCACCUGGCAGCCAACAACGGGAUCCUGGAUGUGGUCCGGUACCUCUGUCUGAUGGGUGCCAACGUGGAGGCGCUGAGCUCGGACGCGAAGACCGCCGAAGAUCUGGCACGAUCGGAACAGCACGCGCACGUGGCAGGUCUCCUCGCCAGGCUCCGAAAGGACACGCACCGAGGGCUCUUCAUCCAGCAGCUGCGGCCCACGCAGAACCUGCAGCCCAGGAUCAAGCUCAAGCUGUUCGGCCACUCCGGGGCUGGGAAGACCACGCUCGUGGAGUCUCUCAAGUGCGGGCUGCUCCGGAGCUUUUUCAGGAGGCGCCGGCCCAGGCUGUCCUCCACCAACUCCGUCCGCUUCCCGCCCUCGCCCCUGGCCACCAAGCCAGCAGUCUCCGUGAGCAUCAACAACCUGUACCCGGGCUGCGAGAACGUGAGCGUGAGGAGCCGCAGCAUGAUGUUCGAGCCGGGCCUCACCAAGGGCAUGCUGGAGGUGUUCGUGGCCCCGUCCCACCACCUGCACUGCUCGGCCGACGACCAGUCCACCAAGGCCAUCGACGUCCAGAACGCCUAUCUGAACGGCGUGGGCGACUUCAGCGUGUGGGAGUUCUCUGGAAAUCCCGUGUACUUCUGUUGCUACGACUACUUUGCCGCCAACGACGCCACGGCCAUCCACAUCGUAGUGUUCAGCCUGGAAGAGCCCUACGAGAUCCAGCUGAACCAAGUGAUUUUCUGGCUCAGUUUCCUGAAGUCGCUGGUCCCAGUCGAGGAGCCCAUAGCCUUUGGCGGCAAGCUGAAGAACCCGCUGCGGGUGAUCCUGGUGGCUACACACGCUGACAUCAUGAACAUCCCUCGGCCAGCAGGAGGCGAGUUUGGAUACGACAAAGACACGUCAUUGCUGAAAGAGGUCAAAAACAGGUUCGGGAACGACCUCCACAUAUCCAAUAAACUCUUUGUUCUGGAUGCUGGCGCUUCUGGCUCCAAGGACAUCAAGGUGCUUCGGAGUCACCUGCAGGAGAUUCGGAGCCAGAUCAUCUCGGGCUGCCCGCCCAUGACCCACCUGUGUGAGAAGAUCAUCUCCACGCUGCCCUCCUGGAGGAAGCUCAACGGGCCCAACCAGCUGAUGUCACUGCAGCAGUUUGUGUACGACGUGCAGGACCAGCUGAACCCGCUGGCCAGCGAGGAGGACCUCAGGCGGAUUGCCCAGCAGCUGCACAGCAUAGGCGAGAUCAACAUCAUGCAGAGUGAAACAGUCCAGGAUGUACUCAUCCUGGACCCCCGCUGGCUCUGCACCAACGUGCUGGGGAAGCUGCUGUCCGUGGAGACCCCCCGGGCCCUGCACCAUUACCGCGGCCGCUACACCGUGGAGGACAUCCAGCGCCUGGUGCCCGACAGCGACGUGGAGGAGCUGCUGCAGAUCCUGGAUGCCAUGGACAUCUGCGCCCGGGACCUGAGCAGCGGCACCAUGGUGGAUGUCCCCGCUCUGAUCAAGACGGACAACCUGCAGCGCUCCUGGACGGACGAGGAGGACGAGGUGAUGGUGUACGGAGGCGUGCGCGUGGUCCCCGUGGAGCACCUCACCCCCUUCCCGUGCGGCAUCUUCCACAAGGUGCAGGUGAACCUGUGCCGGUGGAUCCACCAGCAGAGCACCGAGGGAGACGCCGACAUCCGCCUGUGGGUGAGCGGCUGCAAGGUCACCCACCGCGGGGCCGAGCUGCUCGUACUACUGGUCAACCACGGCCAGGGCAUUGAGGUGCAGGUGCGCGGGCUGGAGACGGAGAAGAUCAAGUGCUGCCUGCUGCUGGACUCGGUGUGCAGCACCAUCGAGAACGUCAUGGCCACCACAUUGCCGGGGCUGCUGACGGUGAAGCACUACCUGAGCCCCCAGCAGCUGCGGGAGCGCCAUGAGCCCGUCAUGGUCUACCAGCCCCGGGACUUCUUCCGGGCACAGACCCUCAAGGAGACCUCCCUGACGAACACCAUGGGCGGCUACAAGGAGAGUUUCAGCAGUAUCACCUGCUUUGGCUGUCACGAUGUCUACGCGCAGGCCAGCCUGGGCAUGGACAUCCACGCGUCCGACCUGAGCCUCCUCACUCGCAGGAAGCUCAGCCGCCUGCUGGACCCACCUGACCCCAUGGGGAAAGACUGGUGCCUCCUGGCCAUGAACCUGGGCCUGCCCGACCUCGUCGCCAAGUACAACACCAACAGUGGGGCGCCCAGGGACUUCGUCCCCAGCCCGGUGCACGCCCUGCUGCGGGAGUGGACUUCCUGCCCCGAGAGCACAGUGGGCAUCCUCAUGGCCAAGCUGAGGGAGCUGGGCCGCCGGGACGCCGCCGACUUCCUGCUUAAGGCAUCCUCGGUGUUCCGGAUCAACCUCGACGGCGCCGGCCCCGAGGCCUACGCCUCCAGCUGCAACAGCGGCACCUCCUACAAUUCCAUUAGCUCCGUGGUGUCCCGGUGAGGGCCGCAGGAGCGAGGGGGUGCAGCCCGUUCUCCUGCUACACACACACACACACACACACAUCCCCCAAGCCACCACGGGUCCCGCCCUCUGCCCACUACACCUGUUUCCCGGCCACUACCUCCCCCCCCUCCCUCCCACACCUGCCAAGGCUGUGACCGGUCCUUCUACCUGAGAGCAGACCACGUCCUACCUACACUCUGGCUGUUUGCAGAGCUAGUUACCUCCGUAUCCCAGCCUCUGAGCCUCCAACACCCGGCUUCUUCCCUAUCGUUUUCUUGGCAUUCUCAACUUUUCAAUGACCAAUUUUAUUUUAUUUUAUUUUAUUUUUACUACCAGGUUGACCGGUCCCUUAGAAAAAAGCAAAAUGCACACUGAUCCAGAAUGUGUGUUUCUUAGACUCUUUUUCCCUUGUGUCCUCAGCUUCUCUGUUUUAUAUUUGUAGGAGAGACUCCCAUGCAUGGAAUCCCGCGGUGGGAUUUAUAAACAGACAAUAUGUGAGUGCCUUUUGCAGAAGAGGGUGUGUUUGAGACCAUCUGAGUCAGCCAGGAGCUGUCACCAGGAAAACGCUACCUCUCUGUUCCCUGCCGUCUGCUCAUCAUCGCCAGAGGUGCUGCAAACCCUGAGUUCUUGGUUUUGUUCGUUGGGUUUUGUUUUUCCUUUUGUUCCCCCCACCCCGGCCCCUUUUUGGGUAAUUUCUGUGUUGCCUUUGGCAAGGAAAGGGGAGAAGGGGAUCCUCCCGCAGGGGGGAUUUCAUGGCCAGCGUGGGGGCUCGAGAUGACAUUUUUCAGUUUGCUCUUGUCUGUGAACGUCUGUGUGCCCGUCCCCAUGAACCCCACAGACUGUCUCGCUUCCUCAUUGCCGCGCCUCUCAGGUAGAAGGUCGACCAGGUGUACGGCGCUGGAGACCUGGGUGACAAUUCAGAGAAUCUUGCCCAUGACAUGUGGCAGCCUGCAGUCACUGUGCAUAACAGGUGGCUUCCACGCGUGGGGCAUGGGUUGAUCCAUUCUGGUCCUCAGAGUCUUAAAAAAACGAAAAUACAGGAAGCCAGUUUCCUAGCAGUGCUUUUCAAUUGUGGUAGAGUGUUCAGUUGAUGUGAGAAAAUAUGUCCGAUUUUUUCUGUCCUGAGAAGCAUGUAACAUUGAUGUUAUAUCAUAUGUGUAUAUAUCUAUAUAUAUGCACUCUGUACAUACAUAUAUAUUAAUACUGGUAUUUUUACUUAAUCUAUAAGACACCGUAAGAAACUUACGUUUGUUUUUUUCUUUCCUUUUUUGAUAAAUAAACUGUUGCUUACUGCA